AUGGAUGGUUUACCACCUCGUACAGAAACUCGAGCGAAUCGUUAUAAUAUUACAGAAUUGGAAGAGGAAGUGAUUGUUCAAUAUAUUCUUGAUAUGGAUUCGAGAGGUUUUCCACCUAAACUUAAGAAUGUGGAAGAUAUGGCGAAUUAUAUUCUUGAAUCAAGGGGUACGAAGCGUGUUGGGAAGCUUUGGGCGUAUCGAUUCGUAAAGCGUCGAAUCGAAUUAAAGACGCGUUUUAGUGGUAUUUAUGACUUUCAAAGAGCUCUCUGCGAAGAUCCUAAGCUUAUUGAAGAGUGGUUUCGAUUGGUUGCGAAUAUACGAGCGAAAUACAGCAUUUUGGACGGCGAUUUCUACAAUUUCGAUGAAACAGGCUUUAUGAUAGGCAUUAUAAGUGCAGCAAUGGUUGUUACUAGUGCCGAAAGACAUGGCAGAAGUAAAUCAGUACAGCUAGGCAAUCAAGAUCAUGAAUCAAUAGCUUUUCAAUCAUAUUGUAAAGCAAAUGAUAUUAUAUGUUUACGUUUACCACCGCAUUCAAGUCAUUUGACUCAGCCACUUGAUAUUGGCUGUUUCAGUAAUCUGAAACGUUCAUAUGGUGGUCAAAUUGAUGGGUUUAUCAAGGUAUAUAUCAAUCAUAUUUCGAAGGUUGAAUUCUUUAUAGCUUUUAAAGCUGCAUACGAAGAAUCAAUCACCUCUCAGAAUAUGAAAUCAGGGUUUCGAGGAACAGGUUUAAUACCAUUUAAUCCUGAAGCUGUACUUUCGAAAUUAGAUAUUCGAAUUCGCACACCUACCCCCCCUCUUUUCAACCUAGAUCAAUGGAUCUCUCAAACCCCUCGCAACCCAACUGAAGCUCUUUCUCAAUCAACUUUAGUGAAAUCUCGAAUAACCCGUCAUCAAUCAAGCUUCCCUACACCUAUAUUCGAGACUGUACUAGCUCUAGUUAAGGGUACAGAGAGAUUAGCUCAUGAAAAUACACUUUUGACUGUAGAGAUUCGUACACUUCGGAAGGCAAAUAAAGCAUUAAGCAAGCGUCGACGCGCGAAAAAAACCCAAUUACGUCAAGGAGGAGUACUCACCGGACAAGAGGCUCUUGAUAUAUUAUCUCAGCAAGAGGUUGAUAUUCAGAUUCAACGCGACGAGCGUCAAAAAGGGGGGAAUUCUAAUGGGGAAGCAUCUUCUAAUAGAUGUUGUAGUAAGUGUGGAAAACCGGAUUAUAAUUCAAGAACUUGUCAAAACAAUGUAAUAGAUCCUAGAUUAUUAGAUUCUUAA